UUACUGAAUAUCCUCCUACAUUGACUCGCCGAGUAAAAUGGUGCCAACGAACGAAGCCGAUGAAAGAAGGAGACUUGGUAUUCAUAUGCGGGCCUAAUGUUCCAAGGUGAGAAUGAUGCCGAGGGAAAGUAGAGCGAGUGUACCCUGGGCUUGAUGGAGAGGUGCGGCGAGCAGACAUACGAACUUCCAGAGGUGUGAAACGACGCGCAGUCCCAAAACUUGCUGUUCUGGACAUUGAUGGUGGUGAAUCAGGUUGAUUCACGGGGGCGGUGAUGUUGUAUAUUCGGGCCCACCCUAAUAUUAUAUUUAAUUUCUAUGUUUAUUUUACAGUUGUAUGUUUUAAUUCCAAUUUCUUUAUAUGCUCUUGAAUUCUCUCGCAUUCCAUUUACAUAGGUACAUACAUUUCCCGCUAUACAGUUUCUGUCUCCUUGUUUGUACGAUUUAUAUGUUUGCCAUUCUCCUUCCUCUUCGCAUAAACAGGUAGGCACAAACUAAAUAUGUUAAGUUAUCUACAUGCUUGUUGUUUUUAAACUGGAGUGUGCAGUUUUCCUAUUCUCUUGUACUGAUCUGUACGGUAAAUGACAAUAUUUGUGCAUAUAAGUUCUGGCAAAUCAUAUUCGAGCUUUGUCAUCGAUCAGCCAACCAGGAAGGUGGAAGGACACACUGCGGGCAAUAUGCAUAGAUGCAAGGUUGCUGACGCUUUACUCUCAAAAAUGGUGACCAGAAGCUUCGGUUACGACUUAAUCAUCAUAAGCGAGCAAUAUAAAAAGAAGGAGAGCGGAACCUGGUUAGAAGAUAGCAGCUCAACCGCACCUAUAUGGCUACCGCCAGGCAGUAAUGUUGGCACAGAAGGUAAAGGGAACGGCAACGGUUUCGUAUGGGUUAAAUGCGACCUUUACACUGUAAUUAGCACUUCGAAAUUAAUUUCCGCAAUAGACGACCAUAACCCAUCUAGCAGCUCCCCAAAAUUGCAAGAAAAGUUGUAGGGCACACAAUGCUUAACAUAACAAGAGCAUGUCACAAAUCGAUGCUAGGCUUCCUGCAGAAAACAUAAAGCAGCAGUUUACUGGUGGACAGAAAAUAUCGCCCAACUCAGACAGACAUGCCUUCGCCUUCGUAGAUCGUAUUUGAGAUCCAGGCGAAGAGGAGCCGCAUCCCGAGAAGCUGAGCAAUAUCAAGCAUGCCAUCGAUGAGAGCAAAAACAAGAAAUGGGAGGAACUACGCGGGACGUCAACAAAAACCCCUGUGGACUUGGGUACCAAAUAGUAAUGAAAAAACUCGGAGUUCGAGCAAAAGCGCCUAAUUUAACCGCUGCCAAAAUGGAUCACAUCGUAAGCGCUCUCUUCCCCACACACGAAAACAGGAUUAGUGAUCCAGAACAAACAACAAGACUUCCACAUAUCCCCCAGUUCACCCUCGAAGAGCUGCAACUGGCCACUGGAAAGCUCAAAACUAAUAAAUCACCCGGACCGGACGGGAUCCCAGCAGAAGUCCUUAAAAAAAUCGCUGCAGAGCGACCGGGACAGUGUCAGGUGAUGCAAUAUUAGUUAGAAGCGGUAAUGUCACAAUUGACCUUCUAUCAUACCAAAAUAAAAAACUGUGGGAGCUAAAGAAAAUGUCUGAAUACAAUAAGAGCGCAUUAGACCAAAGAAAGAAAGAUACGAUAUCAGCAUGGCAACGAAGAUGGGAGAAUGAGAGUCGCGGCAGAUGGACGGCCAGACUUAGAAGAGACCUAAACUUAACAUAGCAACUAUUCGGUCAUGGAUACUUCAAAAAGUACCUCUACAGAAUAGGGAAAGUUGAAGAGCCGUCAUGCCUAUACAACGAUGCGACUGAAGACGUCGCUGAACACACAUUUUUUAAAUGUGAGCGAUGGCAAAGAGAAAGGAAAAGUUAAAAAACCUAUAUUAAAGGCGACUGAUGUACUAAUCAAUAAAAAAUUGAGAGUAUUAAAAGCCAUAAAAGUGAAGACAAAGUUUGGUGACAAGGUGAUGCUAGAACUAGACGAAAAUGUUCUUUUUCUUCCGGAAUCCUAAAACUCCUUAAUAGAUUCAACUAUUGAAGCCAUAAACGAUAAUACAUUUUAUACCGAAUUAAUUAAACCUGUUGAAAAAUUUACUUCACCGUUAUUUGAAUUUCAUACAGUAUAAAAAAUAAUAAUAAAAUAAAUUAAAUGUAUCCGUGUAGUUUUUGUGAAAAGAUAUAUGCUCGGAAAAGGAGUUUAAGCAAACAUAUUACAAUGGAACAUCAAGUUUAAAAAAUAAUAAUUUUUUGUAAGCAAUGUAAAAUCGAAGAGAAAGAAAAUAUAUGGUAAGCACACGUGAGAACAAACAUACAUAAAGAAAAUUGUAUGUAUGGUGUAAAUAGUUAAACUAAAUGUUUAUUUGAAAAAAAAAUAUAUAUUUGUAAUACGUGUCUAAUACAUUUUUAUAAGGAAGAAGAAUUAUUGAUUCAUAAAAUGCAUUGUAGAAAAAUUGAAACACAUAUGCCUAAACCUGAAAAAAAUAUAUUAAAAUUUUAAAAUUUCAAAAAACAA